UCAAACCUCACGUUAGAGAGAAAUAAAAGGAAUUUAGCUUAACAUGUCUAUGGACAACAUUAAGUAUAUAAAUUAACUCCAUGCUUCAUUUUGCUCGAACCUCACAUUAGAGAGAAAUAAGAGAAAUUUAGCAUAACACGUCUAUGGAGUCUAAGAUUCAUCAGUUGUAUAAAAAGGUGAAACCAUUUUUGGGAGUAAUUUCAGUGCAAUUUGGCUAUACAGGGCUGUCCAUAAUAGGUAAGUUUGCUCUAAAUAAGGGGAUGAGUCAACAUGUGUUCAUAGUCUACCGGUAUGCCAUUGCCACUGCUGUCAUUGCUCCUUUCGCUUUUGUCUUCGAUAGGAAGAAACGGCUAAAGUUGACCUUCUCUGUCUUUGCCAAGAUUGUGUUCCUCGCCUUGUUGGGGCCUGUAAUAUGCCAGACCUUGUUCUACACUGGGAUGAAGUAUACUACAGCAACUUACGCAAGAGCCAUAGACAAUGUUCUUCCUGCGUUUGCAUUUUCAAUGGCUUGGAUUUUAGGUCUUGAGAAAGUAAACAUUUGGAGAUGGCGUGGCCAGGCAAAGGUAUUGGGGACCAUAGUCACGGUUGGGGGGGCCUUGCUCAUGACUCUGGUUAAAGGACCUAUGUUGAGUCUGCCAUGGACAAAUGGAAAUGACCAUCAAGAAUCUACUGGUCCAGCAAAUAAGCAAGAUGUCAUCAAGGGUUCUCUCAUGAUACUAGUAGGUUCUGCCUGCUGGUCUGCUUUCACUAAUCUUCAAGCAAUUACGUUGAAAUCAUACCCCACAGAGCUUUCCCUAACAGUUCUGAUAUGUUUGAUGAGCACACUGGAAGGUACCAUACUGGCCCUUGCAAUGGAACGGGGGAACCUCACGGCCUGGUCAAUACACUUAGAUAUUAAGCUCCUAGCUGCUGUAUAUGCUGGCGUAGUAGCUUCAGGGUUCUCCAUUUACGUUCAUGGACAAGUAAUGAAGGAAAAAGGACCUGUUUUUGUGACUGCUUUUAAUCCACUAAGCACGGUUCUAGUUGCAAUUAUAGGCUCUUUCUUUCUAUACGAGGCAAUGUACUUAGGAAGCGUUAUUGGAGCAAUUGUCAUUGUUGCUGGCAUAUAUAUGGUUUUAUGGGGCAAGAGCCAAGAUCAGCUAGGAUCAAAGUCAAGCGGCGAGAAGGUAGUACCAACUUCCCAAAAUAUGGCUACUACGAAUGAGAGGAUAACGACUUCAAAUCAAGAAUUUAUGGCCAUCAAUGUGACAAGUAUAAAAUCUACAAAUGGAGCUGCAUGAAAAUUGUGGAUAUGCUUAUUGUUGUAAUUGAUGUCUUCUAUAUGGAAAAGAUUCAAUUCCAU